GAGCCCAAAGAUGACGAAAUCUUGAGGUUACAAAUCACAUCAUUAGAUUUGGCAAGAAAGUCUGCAACGAAAGGAGGAAUCUCAUUGCCGAGUAAAACACAAACGCAAGGGUGAGCUUGAGAAACUCCAUGCUUAUUAUGAUUGUUUCAGGAAGAAAAAAGUGACAAGGAAGUGUGGGGGUGUCAAUGUCAUCGGCAUUGGGAGAAGUAUAACAUUAAGUAGAGGGUAAAAUAUGUGAAGAGUGUUUACAAUCAUUUAUUUACAUGGUCAAAUAUCAGUAAAUUUAUAAUAUUACUUAUGUUAUUAAAUUGUAAAAAACUAAAAAAAAUGAAAGAGAUUGUUAUCAAAAGCAAUGUUAUUGUUCGAUGUGCUCUUACAAGCCGUGGCUAAAUUUGUGAAAUCUUGGCAUUUUUAGGGAAUGUCCCCAAUGACACCAGCUUUUGGUGCUACUGUAUUCUAAAAUACCAGUAUUUUAAUUUGAAUAUCAUUACAACUAUUAUAAAAGUAUUUAGCCUUAUCGCUGAUGUUUUCUUUAAAGAAUUAAUGAUACACAUUUUACGAAUCCUGACAAGAUGUAGGCCUACUAAACUGAUCAGCAAAACUGUAUGUGAAAACGUUGUUUAUUUGUAUAUUAUUUUAUCAUUUAUUAUUUUAUUGGUAUAUUAUUAUUAUUGUAUUUUUAUUUGUAUAUUAUUAAAAUGAUUAUGACGCGCUAAACUUCCAGGAUCAUUUGACGCAUGGGCGGCUCAAUACCGCCCUCUAGUGACGACCAGGAGGGGGUAAAUUUGCUGUCUCAAAUGUUUUCAAACUGCAACGUGGAAACUUAUCCCACAACUACUAUAGUUUUCAAUAUUCAUAUCUUAAAAAUGGGCUAAAGGCCAUGUGUAGUUACAUAGUUGUGCUUUUAUUUGUAUUAGUUCGGGGUUUUUACAUCACUUUGUUACAUUGAGAGGCAAUGUGCUGCCUCUUCAACUGGAGAUCAUUGUUGCUUGUUUUCCUUUGGACUAAUUGUUUGUUAAAGUGCACUUUAGUCACCGUUGGGGAAUGAGGGAGAGGGGACAAAGUUCAAGGCAGGGGGGGGGGGGGCGGUGAAGAGGAAGAAGGUUAAAAAAAAAGAAAAUUGACCUUUGAAAGCUAAACAGCAGGUGGAGAGCUAAAACCAGGCAGCUCAGGAUUAACCGAGAGGGAGACAAAUAUCAAGAAAAAGAUAGAAAGAAGCUGAGACUUUUUUUCUUAACUGAAGAUACGAUGACGCCUAUCUUUGUCCAUAUGGCAAAGCUCUGCAGUGUGUAAGCAGCACGAGAGCAGAGAGUUUGUUUGCAAAGCCAGAGCAGGUAAGGCAUCAGAGUAAUGGAGGGUGAGGAAAGGGCCGGGGCAGCCGUGGCGAGGUCCGGCCGUCUGACGGCCCUUCAGGAACAGCUGGUCUGGGCCCUGCUGGAAUCGGGCCUGUCUCGAGAUGUCUUGAUCCACGCAAUGGGGGAACUGGAGCGAGACAGGGUGAACGGAACCGACAAGGGAGAGAGGGGGGACGAGGAGAGCUCUGAGGAGGGAGAAAUGGAAAAUCCACCCAUAUACCGAGAUUUGGAAAAGCUUUCUCCUGAGGAGGCAGCCAAACUGAAGACUGAAGUGGAGCGGCUCCUGCAGGAGGACCCGUGGCAUGUUGCAAAAAUGGUGAAAAGCUACAUGCAGCAACACAAUCUCCCUCAGAGAGAAGUGGUAGAGUCCACAGGCCUCAAUCAGUCGCAUCUCUCCCAGCAUCUCAACAAAGGCACGCCGAUGAAGAACCAGAAGAGAGCUGCAUUGUACAGUUGGUACGUCAAGAAGCAGUGUGAAAUCAGCCAGCAAUUCACCAAUGCCAAACAUGGGCUCACGUCUAUGGAGGAGCCAGGUGAAGACUCCAGGAGGGGACGGAGGAACAGAUUCAAAUGGGGCCCUGCUUCCUUACAGAUCCUUUUCCACGCUUAUGAACGACAAAAAAACCCCAGCAAGGAGGAGAGAGACGGAUUGGUGGUGGAGUGUAACAGGGCAGAAUGUUUGCAGAGGGGGGUGUCCCCUUCACAGCUUGCUGGCCUGGGCUCCAACCUGGUUACUGAGGUCAGGGUGUACAACUGGUUUGCCAACCGCCGAAAAGAGGAGGCCUUCCGGCACAAAUUGGCUCUCGAUGGUCCUUUCACCAGCCACUCGGUUUCUUCUUCCAACCCCAACCUUUCUUCAAGUCCAGAGCUCAGUGCCAAAUACAGCCAUCAAAUCCAAUGCGACACCCUGAAUUCAGUCAGAGGUAGCGGGGGGGAAGGUGUGGGGCGUCUUGUGGCCAGUCCUGUCCAGCUGGAGCCAAGCCACACACUCCUUGAGAGCCACCACCCCAAACUGGUUUCCAGUGGAGGCCCACUGCCGCCUGUAAGCACUCUGACCUCACUGCACAGUUUGUCAUCCUCAUCUGCAUCCUCACAAGGCCUUAUCAUGGCCUCUCUGCCCAGCGUUAUGAGUCUAGGAGAGUCCUCACUUCUCAUUGGUCUAGCUUCAACGCAACCUCAAACGGUACCCGUCAUUAACAACAUGAGCGGUGGCUUCACGACUCUGCAGCCAAUCUCCUUCCAGCAGCAGCUUCACGCCCAGCAGCCAAUGCAACAGCAGCUCCAGAGUCACAUGGGUGCCAGUCCAUUUAUGGCGACCAUGGCACAGCUGCCAAGUCACAUGUACAAGACAGAUUCACCUCAGUACCAUUCGUCCAGUCUGCUGUCUCAAGCCAUGGUCAUCACUGACAGUAGCAGUCUGGGGACACUAACCAGCCUUGCAUCUGUCAGACAGAUUCUGACAGCAGAUCCAGAGGAGCACACAGAUCCUUCACUACAGGAAGAUUCUCUGCACCUGCAGGCUCACACACCUGUACCAGCAUCAAGCCAGAGCCCAGAGAUGUAUCCCACUUCCCAGACAACCGACAGUCACCAGUCUCACCUCCUGCCCCCUUCACCAACAGACAUUAGCUCUUACAUUCCCGCACAAAUGGUCUCUCCAGCACAGUAGUUCAGUGCCCGAGCAAUGCCUCGCCAACACCAGCGCGACCAAGGAGCUGUUUGGAAUGUUGGUUGUGAAGAAAGGAUGCCCCCCCCCCUCCCCCAAUAAACCCCUCAGAUUUAUGUUUAUGCAGAAAAGCGACAAACUUUACAAAAAAAUAUAUAUUUAAAUUCCUUUUUAUAAUCCUGGGAAAUUGCUCAUUCACUUAAAAUGGGAACUCAAUAUGAUAUGCAUUUUAUAAACCCAUUUUGAACAUCUUGUAACAAACUGAGCAAUAGUAUUAAACAGCAUUUUACACUAUAUGUUGACAAUUACAAACAUGAGACAACAUUC